CCCAGUAAUGGGAUGUAGUCAGCUAAAAGGAGUCGCUUAAACCUCUCAUCUGCAGUUGAAAUCUCAAGCGAGCAGAGUGAGGCGGCCAUCGGCUGCGGCGAAGAAGAAGAAGAAGAAGAAGAAGAGGAAAAAAUGGAGGUGAAUUUGGGGAAGCUUGCGUUCGACAUAGAUUUUCAUCCAUCGGAGCACCUGAUUAGUGCGGGGCUCAUCAAUGGCGACCUUCUUCUAUACCGAUACAGUGCUGAUUCAUUGCCUCAGAGGCUUUUGGAAGUCCAUGUCCACACUGAAUCUUGCAGAGCCGUUCGAUUCAUCAACAAUGGUCGUGCAAUUGUGACGGGUUCUCCAGACUGCUCAAUUCUUGCAACAGAUGUGGAAACUGGUUCUGCUAUUGCACGUCUUGAAGAUGCUCAUGGGGAUGCAGUCAACAGAAUAAUCAACUUGACAGAGUCUACCAUAGCUUCUGGAGAUGAUGGGGGUUGCAUUAAGGUCUGGGAUACAAGACAGCGUUCUUGCUGUAAUACUUUUCAAGCUCACGAAGAUUAUAUUUCAGAUAUGACCCUUGCAUCUGAUUCCAUGAAGCUGGUGGGAACAAGUGGAGAUGGGACUCUAUCUGUUUGCAAUCUUCGAAGAAAUAAGAUCCAAGCUCAAUCUGAGUAUUCAGAAGAUGAGCUACUCUCAGUUGUUAUCAUGAAGAAUGGUCGCAAAGUUGUUUGUGGAUCACAAUCUGGAACUUUAUUACUAUAUUCAUGGGGACAUUUUAAUGAUUGCAGUGAUCGCUUUAUUGAUCUCUCUCCAAACUGUGUUGAUGCUUUGCUGAAGCUUGAUGAAGAUAGGAUUAUAACUGGAUCUGAGAAUGGACUCAUUAGCCUGGUAGGCAUAUUACCCAACAGAAUUAUUCAACCAAUUGCAGAGCAUUCAGAGUAUCCUGUCGAGCGCCUUGCUUUUUCCCAUGAUAAAAAGUUUCUGGGCAGCAUAGCACAUGAUCAAAUGUUGAAGAUAUGGGAUUUGGAUGAUUUAUUGCAAGAUUCUGGUCGCACUCUAAAGAGGCAAACUGCUGUAGAAGACAGUGAUAGUGAUGGAAUGGAUUUGGAUAUCAAUACUCCAAAAUCAAAUAAAGGGACGAAAAGACAAAGUGCAAGCAAGGGACUUGGACUUAAUAGUUCAAAUGAUUUUUUCGCAGAUUUAUAGAGAUGGUGGAACAUGUAUAUCAUAUUUAUUUUCUAUCACUGGAAUUGCGUCCAGUGUUUGUUGAUCUUAUGUCAAGAGCAUUGCAAAAUCAAUUUUGUUAUCUAUAUUCUCUCUUUGAUUGUUUUAAUUUGGAAGAGAUAUAUCAAACUUAAUAUAAUUUCGUUUUCUUUUUGGUCAA